AUGAUCGACAUCACGUCCUCGCGUUCGCUCACCUCGGACAUUCCAGACAUCCCCUGCCUUCUGAUCGUGGAAGGCCGGUACCAGAACUGGAUCAAGCCUGUGAUCUUGUUCGAGGCCCUGGGUGUGCCGUGGGACCCCGUCGUGCUCGAUCGCGAAGCUGCGGCUGCUGAUUGGUUCCGCAAGAUCCAUCCGCAGCUGUACGUGCCUGCGCUCAUUGACAAGGCCGAUGGCGGACGGGUUCAGCUCUGGGACAGCACGACCAUCUUGAUGUACUUGGGUCAGCACUACGACACUGCGAAGCAAUUCGUUGGGAAGUCGGCCCAGGAGGACGUCGAGAUCGGCAACUGGCUAAUGUUUGAGACGGCUUCGCUUGGACCGACGGCCAAGUACUGGGUGUGGUACGACAUGCGCACAGGAGCCGACGUCAACCAGAAGGCCCAACAAAAGAUGAUGACGGAUCUGAAAAAGCAGUACUCGAUUCUCAACCAGAGGCUCUCGGAGCCCGGCCAGAACUGGAUUGCGCUCAAAGACAGACCGACCAUUGCCGACAUAUCGAUCCUACCCUUCACGGACCACAACACGCUUGGGAGGAUGCAGGUUGACAUACAAGAGUGGCCCGCCCUGGCCGGCUGGUACAAGAGGAUGAUGGAGCUCCCAUACGUGAAGAAGGCGUACGAUGAAUUAGAGUCACGGCCGGCGAAGAAAAUUGUGUAG